ACAGUCCAGAUAUCCUACAAGUGCCUCGCAGAUGUCUACCUCCUCCACCCCUUCCGUCCUCCUGAAUACAGGGGCCCAGAUGCCCCUCUUGGGUUUGGGGACCUAUAAGUUGCAGGCUCCUGAGGAAGUAAACCGGGCUGUGGACGCCGCCCUGGCUGCUGGUUACCGGGCCUUUGACACCGCUGCUGUAUAUCAGAACGAAGCUGCCUUGGGCCGAGCCCUGCGGGAGCUCCUGCCCAAACAUGGCUUAACCAGAGAAGAUGUGUUCAUAAUAAGUAAGCUGCAUCCUAAGGAUCAGGGUGAAAAGGCCAUGGAAGGAGCCCUCCUCAGCCUGUCUCAGCUGGACAUGAGCUAUAUUGACCUUUACCUGAUCCAUUGGCCUGGCACGCAGGGUCUGGAAGUGACUGAUCCAUGCAACUCAGUAAAUCGAGCUAAGAGUUGGGCCUCACUGGAGGAGCUGCAUGGCCAGGGGAAGCUCAAGGCCAUAGGAGUGUCCAACUACACACCAGCACACAUGAAAGAACUGAUGCAGAGCUGCAAAGUCCGUCCUGCUCUUCAUCAGGUGGAGUUUCACCCACGACUGUGCCAGGCAGAGAUGAGGAGGCUUUGUAAGGAGUAUGGAGUGUGUUUCCAAGCGUAUUCCUCCAUGGGGAAAGGAGACCUGGUCACCAACCCUGUCGUCAUGGAGGUUGCACAGAGCUGCCAGCGUACACCUGCACAGGUCCUGUUGCGCUGGGCGGUGCAGCAGGGCGUCCCAGUGCUGCCCAAGUCGUCAAAUCCAGAGAGAAUCGAGGGGAACGCAAAGAUCUUUGACUUCACACUGAGUGACACGGACAUGGACAGACUCUCGGCUUUGGACUGCGGACACAAGUACUGCCGGGAUUCUUCAGAGGUGGUUUGAAACACUAGAUUUGAAACUCAAAAGGUGUUUAAUAAACCAUUUAUGGGGAUUCAUAAAGUGUAUGAGUCACCACUUAUGUUCUUAUGGUCUAAAAUACAUGUUUACAUUUCUUUGCCACUUAAUAGAAAGGAACCAUUUAUUGUAACUUCAUUGACCUUGAUUUUCUACAUGAAAAUAAA